AUGAAAGACUCGGAGCCCAGCAACUCAUAUAAGCCCACUUACAGUAGGGAGAACAGCUAUCUUGGCAGCGAUACAGGCAGUGGGUCAGGCUGGAGAUCCCGUGUGUACGGAAGUGACGCCGAAACGAACUCGAACACUUACACGAGGACUAGAACUCGUGACAUGACAAACUCUGCUGACCAGGCGGAUCAGGCGAAAUCAACUCAACAAAAUGGCACUGAUGUCGCUGUACCUGCUUUCAGAGAUGCUAUUGAUAAAUUGACUAAAGCUGCAAUGGAUGACCAGAGGGAAGGGAAAAAUUUAGAGCUUUUGUCUCCGAAUGCAGUGAGAGUCUUACCGAGCUUUACUCCAGGGGAAAUUGUACUAAAGAACAAAGCUCCAGCCGACUUUAGUUCCGCUGCUGAAAGUUCUGAUGAUGAAGCAAAUAAGAAGAAAGAUGAAAAUAAGGCAACAGAGCCUACAUCAAAUACCACAAGCACGCCUACUCGAGCUUUCCGCCACCUGGCAGCUGUGCCAGCACUGCCAACGAAGCCUUCUACUUCUCCAACACAAGGCUUGGCUGCUCCUCCUACCUUCAAACGAUCGUCCAGAUACUCAACCGCCGCCACAGAGAGCCUUCCGACUUCCACGUCGCCGUCCAAAUGGUUGAAAGACAAGGACGAAUCAGCCUCACCGACGCCAACGGCGCGCACUAGAAGCAACCUAGCCGUUGGUGACUCGAGUCCAAAGUCCACGUCGCCUCUUCCACCUCGCUCUCCCGUCCUCGGCCAUGGGAAAGCAUCCACUUCCCCAACAGUCGAGAGAAAAGGAACAUCAGACAUUGGAAAUAAGGAAUGCCGAAAGUCAGUCCUUAAUAUGGAUAUCAAAGCUAGUGAUACAGAAGCUAUGAGGAAGCAGCAAGAAGAGAAGAGAGAAGAACUAAGAAGACUAAGGAGACAGCGGGGAAAUGAUGAUGACAAAGGAAGCAGAAGACCUCCCACUGGGACUGUGAGGACAAGGUCAGGAGCCAAGCUCGAAGAGAUAAGUCGACAGCGAUCUAAAGGCUCUGGAUCUGACCUAACGAAACUGGGAUCACAGACGAAAGUUCCAGAAGAGGAGGAGGAAUCUAGCAGUAGUGACGAAGAAAAACGAGAAGACAAACCUCCAGUGCCUCCUUCAGUGGAGAAAACAUCGUCUAAGUCCAGGGUUGUAGAAAGAAAACAUUCCAAAGGUAAAGGAGAUGCCAUGCGCCGCAGUGGUUCAAUGCGACGCUUCCGACAGUCGUCUCAGACAAGCAAAACAUCCUCUGAGUCCUCCUCGUCGGAGAGUGAGGAUGAAACGCCUGUGGUCACCAUCACUCUACGCAGAAGGCAGAGGAGCUCCCGAGAAGAUAUGUCAGGAGAAAAUCAAAGUCGUCUAUCUCCACGAACAUCCCCACGGAUGGCGAAAAAGGGUUCCUCAGACGAUAUACUGGAAGGUCAGCGAUCUCGCAACAACUCGACAUCGAAUUUUGUUGGGAGGAGAUCGCGCCAAAGUUCAAAUAACUCAUCGUCCAAUCUGGCUAGAUCUCGCUCGGGUAAUAAUUCUCGCGGCAGUAUCGGCGAUGUAGAAAAAUCCCGAAGUAAUUCACGAUCCAGCAUUCUUGGCGACAAAAAACUAUCCAUUGGCCCAGACAUUGACAUAGGAGAGAGGAACGACUCAUCUAGCAAAAUUGCAGGGAGCAGGAGCAAAAGCAAUAACAAUCUUUUGCGUGGCAAAUCCGGCGAUAAGCUUAAACGAACAAAAGAAGCCAAGAGUGAGAGUUCCAGUGAGAGUGAGACAUCGGAAACCUCAGAGUCCAGUGAAUCUGCCGGCGAAGAAGCUCACUGA